UGAUUUAUGUCUCGCAAAACCCUAAAGCUCAUGUUACCAAAAAAACCCCAACACUCAUGCAGUUCAGUUCUCCUGUAUCCCCCCAAAACCCCAAAUUUCAGAAUCUUUCAACCGUUCCUUUCUCUCUCUCUCUCUCUCUCUCUCUCUCUCUCUCUCGUGGCAGAGUGAGGACAGAGAUUGAAGAAAGAGGUGCGAAGACGAUGGGGGACAAGGGCAAGAAGUUGAAGGUUGCAAUCUCCGUCAAAGCUUUACUUCCCAAACAUGUAGCUGCAGUGGUAAAAUAUCAGAAAGACCCACUGAGGGCACUAGAAAUGUUCAAUUCUGUGAAAAAGGAACAAGGGUUCAGGCAUAAUUUGUUUUCAUACAAAUGCAUGGUCGAAAAGCUUGGUUUUCACGGGGAAUUCGAGGCGAUGGAACAAGUCCUCGCAGAAAUGAGAGCAAACAUAGACAAUUGUUUAUUGGAAGGUGUGUAUAUUGGGGCCAUGAGACAUUACGGUAGGAAACGCAAGGUUCAAGAAGCGGUCGACGUGUUUGAGAGAAUGGAUUUUUACAACUGCGAGCCGUCUGUUUUAUCGUAUAAUGCGAUAAUGAAUAUCUUGGUCGAAAACAGGUAUUUCAAUCAAGCCCACAAAGUGUAUAUGCGAAUGAGAGAGAAACGGAUUGUUCCCGAUGUGUAUACGUACACAAUCAGGAUAAAAUCGUUUUGCAGGACGAGUAGGCCACAUGCUGCUUUAAGGCUCCUAAAGAACAUGCCUUCCCAUGGGUGUGAGCUGAAUGCUGUUGCAUACUGCACGGUAGUAGGUGGAUUGUAUGAAGAGAAUUUGCAGGAUGAGGCAUAUGAAUUGUUUGAUGAAAUGCUUAGGAGUGAAACAUGUCCCGAUGUUACCACAUUUAAUAAGCUUGUGCACACGCUUACUAAGAAGGGUGAUGUGCAACAAAGUGAAAGACUCCUAAACAAGGUUCUCAAAAGGGGUGUGUCUCCUAAUUUGUUUACUUUCAAUAUAUUCAUUCAAGGGCUUUGCAAAAGAGGCCAACUCAAGGAGGCUGCUGGCAUGGUGGAUAUUGUGAAAAGGGAAGGCUUAAGUCCUGAUGUCGUCACAUAUAACACACUAAUAUGUGGCUUGUCCAAUAAUUGUAGGGUUUUAGAAGCUGAGAACUAUUUACAGAAGAUGGUGAAUGAGGGGCUUGAGCCUGAUGGCUUCACUUACAAUAGCAUUAUUGAUGGGUAUUGCAAAAUGGGUAUGGUUCAAAAUGCAGAUAAGAUUCUUAAUGAUGCAGUUUUCAAGGGGUUUGUGCCGGAUGAAUUCACAUAUUGCUCCCUAAUUAAUGGGCUUUGCAAAGAUGGUGAUGUGGAAAGGGCGAUGAGUGUGUUUAAGGAGGCAUUGAGGAAAGGGUUGAAGCCUAAAAGUAUAAUCUACAACACCUUAAUUAAAGGGUUGUCCCAACAGGGACUAAUCGUAGAAGCCUUGCAACUUAUGAAUGAAAUGCAGGAAAAUGGUUGCAAACCUGAUAUAUGGACUUACAAUUUAGUUAUAAACGGGUUGUGCAAGAUGAGUUGUGUACUCGAUGCCCAUACUCUCAUGAGUGAUGCGAUGGCCAAAGGGUUCCUUCCUGACAUUUUCACCUUCAACACACUGAUUGAUGGCUACUGUAAACAAUUGAAGAUGGCUAAUGCAAUUGAAAUACUCAAUAGCAUGUGGGACCAUGAAGUUACGCCCGAUGUGGUUACGUAUAACUCAGUGUUAAAUGGCCUCUGCAAAACUUCAAAAUCUGAUGAUGUUAGGGAAACUUUCAAAGUAAUGGUAGAGAAAGGAUGUGUUCCUAACGUUAUCACGUAUAAUAUACUCAUGGAAAGCUUGUGCAAUGACCGGAAAUUAGUAGAAGCCUUGAGCUUGCUUGACGAAAUGGACACCAAGGGUCUUGCUCCAGAUGUUGUUUGUUUUGGCACACUGAUGAAUGGGUUAUGUGAUAAUGGGGAUGUGGAUGGAGCCUACCAGCUGUUCAGAAGAAUGGGACAACAGUAUAAACUUCUGCAUACAACAGCCACCUACAACAUAAUGUUAAAUGCAUUUUUUGAGAAGCUUAAUAUGGGCAUGUCACACAAUCUUUUUCUUGAGAUGAUUGACAAUGGUUGUCCCCCAGAUAAUUACACUUACCGUGUCAUGAUUGAUGGCUUUUGCAUGACGGAUAAUGUUGAUUCUGCCUACAAUUUUCUUCUUGACAACAUUAAGAAGGGGUUCAUUCCAUCAUUGACAACCUUUGGACGUGUAAUAAAUUGUCUGUGUCUGAAACAUAGAGUACAUAAGGCCGUUGGUAUAGUGCACCUUAUGGUGCGGAAGGGAAUCGUCCCUGAGAUCGUAAACACAAUUUUUGAGGUUGAUAAAAAAGAGGUAGCAGCACCAAAGAUUGUUUUGGAAGAUUUGUUGAAGAAGAGUCAUAUAACUUAUUAUGCAUAUGAACUUCUAUUUGAUGGCAUUAGAGACACUAAAUUACUGAAGAAAAAGCCUUGACGAAGCUGUUCUAAAAAUUCUAAGAAGAGAUCUUCUUGUAUUGAUGAGUAGAAUUCGCUCGGAAGGAGUGGCUAAUCACAGAAAUGGAAUGAAAAAUGAAGAUAUUUAAGCUGCAUCAAGCAUGAAGCAGCUGGAUAUUGAGCCCUGGUGGCAUCUGAUGAGAUGCCGCACCGCACGUAUUAUUUGAGUAGAUAUCACUGCAGAAUAGAAGGUGUGAAGCCUUCUCUACAUACCCCAGGACAUACGACCUUAUUCAUGCUAUGCUAAUGGUGUGUUCAGCUUAUACAAGGACAAGUGCAAUGCAGAGGACGUUCUCCUAGAAAUGGAUCGAAUCCUAUGACUCGAACGUGCAGUUAUAUUCUGUGACCAAGUGGAUGUACCCGUCAAGGUGAAAAAACUUGUAUCUGGUAUGAGGUGGAAUACCAAAAUGGUGGAUCACGAGGAUGGGCCCCUCGUCCCUGAGAAGGUAUAGUUUGCAGUUAAACAGUGCUGGGUUGCUGGGGGAAACAACUCCACAUCAGAGCAGUGAACGAUGAAGAAAUGGGAAGGCAUUGUGGCAUGAUUGUGCAGUAAUGCUGCUAGGUUUGACUGUAGUCCAAAGGUCUUUCAGUAAUUUCUCUUUGUCCUGGGAAAAGUUCAGCAAUCAGUAGCUUUUUUGUUGUUUGUUGAUCCAUUUCUUCUGCGUUAGUUAGAGACACUUAAGCAUAUUUUUUCAUCCAGGGUGAUUUGGGGUCCAUUUCUAGUUUCUUUAACUUUCUUCCCCUUUUUUUUUUUUUUGGUUGUGUUCCUCUUUUUGCUUCAGGGGCUUUUGUGAUAAGCCCAGUUCUGUAAACAGAUCUUAAGGUUAUUCUAAUGUUUUUUUUUACAUGCUAA